AUGGACCUGGGGGACAUUAGCAACUGUGACAGAAUUCAUGGCAAGUGGAUCUCUCAAGAAAGUCCUUUGCACAAACAAAAAUUACUUGACCGGCGCAAACAGAUUACUCUUGCUAUGGAUGCGGCUAUUGGAAUGGAGUACUUACAUUCUAAGGAUAUAAUUCAUUUCGAUUUGAAAUGUGAUAACUUACUGGUGAAUCUCAAUGAUCCAUCUCGUCCGAUAUGCAAGGUAUCUGAUUUUGGUUUGUCCAAGGUGAAACAAACCUACAAUGGUCUCAGGAAAGCAGUGAUAUUACAAGACUCAAAAGGUGUUAUGGUUGAUGUGUAUUCUUUUGGAAUCAUAAUGUGGGAAAUACUCACGGGCCAGGAACCAUAUGCUGGCAUGCACCAUGGUGGAGUUAUAGGAGGAAUUUUGAGCAACACAUUGAGGCCACCAGUGCCAGCAUCAUGUGAUCCACAAUGGAGGGAACUGAUGGAGCAGUGCUGGUCAAAUGAGCCUGACAAAAGACCAUCCUUCAAGGAAGUAGUGAGCCACCUCCAUUCAAUGCUAGAAGCCAACCAGAGCAGGCCACUAAUCUAA